AUGUUACUUUCAUUAAGAAAAAGAAAGGUAUUAUAUAUUUUACUUGCUAUAUUUACAAUUUUCAUAACUUCUGAUUUAUUAUCACGUCAUAAAAUUAUAGAUCAUUCAAAAUUAAUUAGUGACGAUUGGUCAAUUGAAUCAUUAACUAAUAAAUAUGAUUUUUCAUAUUUAAAAUCAUUUGGUAAGUCAUCAACUUUUAAUGAUGAAGAAUUGAAAAGUACAAAUGAAGAAUUAAAUAAAAAUGGAUAUAUUUUAAAACCUCAGAAUGUUCAAUUUAAAUUUUUAAAUAAUAUUGAUAAAAAAGGGUCUAGAGAAGAAAUUAUAGAUGGUGAUAAUUCAAGAUAUCAACAACUAAUGAAAUUAGAAAUUGGUAAACCUCAAGAUGCAAGUUUAAUUAAUGCACCAGAAGAUGUGUCAAAAUAUAACCAUGCGAAUGCAACAAUUUUAAUUUUAGUUACAAAUGAAGAAAUUACAAAAAUUGGUCAAAGUAUAAGAAAGUUUGAAAAAUCAUUUAAUUCCAAAUUUCAAUAUCCAUAUACAUUCUUAAAUGAUCAACCUUUUAAUGAUCGAUUUAAACAAAGAAUUAAAAAAUAUACUGGGAAUGCACCAGUUGAAUUUGUAACUAUACCAAAAGAAUUAUGGGAUAAACCAACCAAUAUAGAUGAAGAAAAAGAGUCAAAGGCAAUGGAAAUCAUGUAUCAGCAUGAUGUUGCAUAUGCUAAAAAAGGAUCCUACCAUAAUAUGUGUAGAUUUUAUUCAAUGAAUUUUUAUAAAGUGCCUGAGUUAGCUAAAUAUAAAUAUUAUUGGAGGAUAGAACCAAAUGUACACUUUUAUACUGAUAUUCAAUAUGACGUUUUUAAAUAUAUGGAAUCAACGGGGAAAAUUUAUGGAUUUACAAUUAGUCUUUAUGAUAUUGAAGAAAGUAUUAAAACAUUAUGGCCUGAAACAUUACAUUUUCUAAAUCAAGAUGAUAAUUACAAAUUAAUUAAUCCAAAUGGAGGAUUUCAAUUUUUAUUAGAAGAUUUACAAAAUCCAAAUAAGAACAAAGUUGCAGGUUAUUCAACUUGUCAUUUUUGGUCAAAUUUUGAAAUUGGUGAUAUGGAUUUUUAUAGAAGUAAACCUUACGAUUCAUGGGUAAAUUAUUUAGAUUCAACAGGGAAAUUUUAUUAUGAACGAUGGGGUGACGCACCAAUUCAUUCAAUUGGAGUUAGUUUAUUUGCAGAUAAAUCUAAAGUUCAUUGGUUUAGAGAUAUAGGUUAUUUACAUGAUCCUUAUUAUAAUUGUGCAAACAGUGAAUUCAAUAGUAUUUGUCAGGUUGGUAAAUUUUCAAGAUGGGAACAUUUAA